UGUUUCUUCAAAAACGCGUCAUCGUUUUUUUUUCUCUCCAACUUGUAAACACGUGGAGGCAGCGGAGUGUGUGUUCCUGUCUCUCCACUGAGGAAAUUUAAGCAGCUAAACUAGUUUUCUAUCGUCCUUGAAAUGGCAAAAAGCCUCAGGAGCAAAUGGAAGAGGAAGAUGCGUGCAGAGAAGAGGAAGAAAAAUGCUCCCAAGGAGUUGGCCCGUCUGAAACAAGCUCUGAGUCUAGAUAAGAAAGGAGAAGCUACCAUGACUGACAUCCAGGAGAUUGCCACGGUGGUGCCAGCUGACAAGAUCAAGAAGCAAACGGAUGCGGACAUGGUGGAGGUCGAGGGUGAAGAUGGGAAGAUGGAACUGGACAGCAAGCGCAACAAGAAAACUCAGUUGGAUGAAAAUGGUCAGUACCCUGGGUGGAUGAAUCAACGGCAGGCCAAGAAACUGAAAGGCAAACGGGUGGCAAAGAAAACUGGCCAGGGCAAGAAGAAGAAGGGCAUCGCCUGGUGAACCAGAGGAAACUGAAAUACCUUUGCUUUGCCUUAAAAGACUUUUGACGCAGAAACACAGAAUCAUUUGAUGUAUUCUUUUAUACAUAACUGUGGAAUUUCUGUUUUGAAUCUCAUUCUGUUCAGUGGAUUACAAGAUUCAUGGUUGUGCCACUGUUUGGGAAAUGAACAUUUUCUUCUACAACAGAGUCUGUUUCUUAGAAAGUAAUUCACUGCAGGAAAAUGUUUGUUCUUAUGGAACAGCAGUCCAUCUUCAUGUUAGGACACGUUUUAAGAAAGUAAGACUGGUGCAAAAUAUGUAUGAUUGUCAUAUAUUCUCUACUACAAUUUCAAUCUUUUCAUAAAUAAUUUACAGAUCUGUGGCUUGUUUUGUUUACUAAGGUUGUAUAUAGACUGGGUGAUGUGGUUAAAAUGAUUAGAUUACUGGUUCAGCCUCGUGGCUUAGAGGUGGACACGCUGCCCAUGAAGCACAAAGUCUCGGGUUUGAGUGGGGACGUUAGUUGCAUGUUAUUCCCUUAUUUCUCCCCUCAUUUCGUCUUAUCUCUCUACUGUCAGACUCUCUAAAUGAAUUUGAAAAUAUUUCCAAUAUAGCUGUAUAUUCUAAGAUAUAGAAGGCGUAUGUAAAAUCAUAAAUUCACUUUGUUGUAGAUAAAAUUCUUGUAAAACAA